GUCGGUUUCCCCGUCAAAUUACUCAACCACAUUCAAAUCGAUUACAAUAUAGUCAAACUAGUCCGGAUAAUUCAGAUCAAAUGUUACUUACUCGUUUGGAUUGGUUACCAAAUACUUGGGAGACAACCCAAUCGAGCUAUCAGAAAUCCCAUUUACUACAAUCAUCAAGACCAUAUUUACAUAAGAUUAAUAAACAAAAUGAACAAACAAUAACGUCACUUGAGUUAGGACAAGAAGCAGCUACCACAAAGUUACCAUCAAUGAAAAGGGAUACAAUCACCAUAGAGGCAACCACAGGUGAUGAUGAAGAAGAAGGAGAGCAAGAUGAUGUUUCAAUUCUAAUUGAUCAGGAAAACAUCUUGUCAGAAGAAAUAUCACAGUCUAUCCAAUUAACAGAAGAUAUCCCGUCAGUUGCUGAUUAUAAUGUGACAGUAAUGGAUAAACCAAAUAUGGUGUCUGGAAGAAGUGAUAUGUUUCUAUUAAAAGCAGAAUGUCUCAAUGCAGUUGAAUGCCCAUAUGAAUCUACAACGAAAAGUCAACUGAUUCCUUCACAAUAUACUAAUCCACAAACACCAUCAUGUGAUCCUUUGCUGUUAGAUCGUAUUCCAGAACAAAUUUCAAUAGAUAUUAACACAGAGACUAAUGAAAAAGUGAAUAAUACAACUCAUGUCUCAAUUGAAAAACCAACCUCACUAGAAGAUCCUUGCUGGUCCACUGUUCGUAUUUCAGGUGGAGUGGAUGAAGAUGAAGAUGAUAAUUCAUGCGAUCCAACAGUUGGAGUACUGCGUACACUACUUCCACAGCUUAACUUACCGGCUAACUUACCAGCUAUGAUUCAUCAACCUGUAGCCUGUUUUACUGUUAAAGAUCCAAAUUUACUUGCUCCGCCAGAGUUUAUGACUCCAUAUAGUUCUAGUUUUCCUCGUAGAUCAUCUGAUGGUGCAGCUGAUCUACAGCCACUUCAUCGACCUGUAAUCACGGUAGGGGGUAGUUAUCCGGAACAAGCGAAUUACCGUAAAGAGGAUUCUGGUGCUGGGAGUGAAAAUUCAUCUUUAGCUGUAAUCAACACUGUUCAUAAUCCAAAACCAAAUCCCAUAGAAGGAACUACAACAUCUGUGACGAAUUCUGAUUGGGUUCAAACAUCUCGGCCAAAACAUGAUGAUAGUGAAAAUUCAAAACCGUUAUCCUCUUCAUCUAGCGUACAGCCUCAACAAAGCUGCCAACAACAGCAACUCCCAGAAUCUCGUUCUCGAUCAUUAGCUGCUCAACAACGUUCAUUAUUCUCUGCUUUACAUUCUCAAAGAAGACGUCUUCCUUUAGGAUUGUGGUGGAAACUUACACAUAAAAAAUUUGAUCAAACUGGUGAAAAUUUAAAAAGUGAAUUAUGGGAUAGACAAUUUAUUCGACAUCAAAAACGUUUUAGUUUACCUGUGAAUUGUGGACCAGUAAGACAACAAUCAGGCACCGUCAAAACUGAACUACAAUGUAGGUGUCAUCAACCAUUAACGUCCGAAUUAUUACAAGAAAUUCAACAAAAGUUACAUGAUACUUCAUGGAUUCAAAAACUUCCAUCUCUUCAGACCUCAAAUAUGCAAUGUAUAACCAGUGAAAAUAAAUUUAAUAUUGAAGAGAUACCAGAAAUUUAUCGUCGUGGAAGUGAAGCUAGUCAAAUGUCAGCAUGGGAGCAACGUUUAAGACAAUAUAAUGACCUAUAUGAUCCAGGCGCACCUGCUCAAGUGACAUCCAGCUUUCAUCAAGCAGUUGCCGAAAUAGAAGCUGAUGAAGACAAAGAAGAAGAGAAGUUAGGUUCAAAUUAUCCGUUCUUUACUUUUCAAUAUACUGAUGAUACAUCUGUUUCAAAUACGAGAUUAAUAACAACUAAGUGUCAAGAUGUCAGUUCAAAUAAUGAAACAAUCGAUACAGUAACAGCAACAACUAAUACAAAUACUCCUCAGUUUGUACAAUAUAAAACACAACAAUAUCUAUCAAGUUCUGUCAUAGAUGAUGAUUCAUUAAACUCUAUUUCAAAUGAAAAAUAUGAUUCACACAUAAGUGCUUCAAGUGUUUCUCCUAUUAGUCAAUCAGGUAUUGAAUUGACUGAUUUGAAAACUGAACUACAUAAUCUCGAAGCAGAAAGAAGUGUUGUACAUUCAUCUUUCACUGAUCGUACAUUUUUAUCCUCUGUAGAAUCAUCACGGUCGGUAAAUGAUAAUAAAAUUCAUAAUUCAAAUGAAUCCACUCAUCUUCCAGAAUUCAUAUUAUCUUCUGAAACAUCAAAUAUACCUUCGUUUUUAUCUGAUUGUGCUAUUAAUAUGCAACAAUUCUCAUUACCAAUAAAAUAUACACUUAUACCAAAUGAACAAUCUCCAUCUACUUCUUCUUAUACACAUUGGCCUAGUAGUGACUUUGAUAAUAAAACACAUCGUCGGGCAUCAUCUGUCAUUGAUAAUCCAAUAACCUUAAAUUAUUUAAUUCCUCCUGACAGAGAUAUCUGUGAAAUAUCAAAGGAGAACAUUCGCAGGCAUAGACAUUCUGUUAGUGAAAUGGUUGAGGACAAAAAGGAUUUUAAGUUUAACUAUGAAUUUUGUUCCGGUGUAGGCUCCGAUGUAUUUAAUGUUAGUUCAGAAUUCCAUCAACCCACUAUAAAUGUGGGUUUAAGUCCAAAUUUGGAAAGUACCGAAGCUCAACUACAUGAUGAGAUGAGCAUAAAAUCCCUUUCUUCCUUUCCCAUUGUUACAACACCAACUAACGUCAAUAUGAAUAAUACAGGUAUUGGACAACGUCUUUUCGAACGAUUACAUCCUGAGCGACCAAACUAUCUACAUAUAUUACAACAUUCAGGCGGAUCAUCAGAUCGACGUUUGAGCCCUGAUUUUCUAAGAAGUCCUCGUAAAAAAAUCUAUCAAGAAUGGUUACCUAAAUUAACUGAAUUAUCACACAAAGCAUUUGAUGUUGCUCGCGAUAAAAUGAAUAAAGUCAGAGCCACAACUAAUUCACAAUCAUUAGUUUAUAAUCUAAUCCAUUCAGAUAUACUUCAUCCAUCAACACAAUGUUACACAUCAAAUAAAGCAAAUUCAAAUCAUAAAGAUGAACGUAAUAGUGAAUGUUGUUUGAAUGAUAUAAUUAAUAAAUCACAGAUUGGUCAGAAUCGCACUACUACCGGUGGUAUUUCACAUGAGAAAGAUGAGGAAGUUAAUUCUGUUGACGUUGAUCCAGAUCCAGAGUUGGAUCCAGAUAUCGAUGAGGAAGAAGAUGAUGAAAAAGACUGUGCUUUAGCUCCACUACAAACUCAUAUAAUUAAUGCAAACAACCCAUCGAUUCAUCACUCGUCUCGACCGAGGCAUAGGAUAAUGAAUCAAAAUAUUGGACAACAUUUAACCUAUCCACAACAGGUAAUGCCGUUCUUUCAUGGCAAUUUACUUAAUCCAACUGUCAUUCAGCAACAGAAUCAAAAUACAUUAAUUUCUCAGUUACCUACUGGUACUGCUGGAAUUAAUAGUUAUCGUCUGCAAGAUUUAGUCGAUUUCUCAAAUCCACAAGCUUUGCCUGCAGCAGCAGCUGCCGCCUCAUUGUUGCUUUUCCGUUCAAGUGAUGAUGAUGAAGACUUAGCUGCCAUCGAUCGUGUUAAUCAACGUUUAGCUUUAAGUAGAUUAACUGGGAAUUUUACAGAUACAAACCAAUUAAUAAAUGAUUAUCCUAAUCUGCUUGGUCCAACACUUCCCCACCAAACAUUAACACCUCAACCACAAUCAUUGUUACCGCCAACAAUGCAAUCAAUUAGAUCCUUACCUAUAACACAAUCGACCAUUCAAACACAAUUUUCACAUUCCACAACAAUGAAUGAAACUUUAUUAAAUAGACAGAACAAUAUACUACAUCAUGAUCUACAUAACUACUCCCAAUCUUCAACAAUUUCAACUAAUCCUCAAUCCAUUGAUGAUAUCAAUGCACCAAUCAAAUCACAAACAUCUAGAAGUUAUGAAACUGAAUCAAACUAUGAUCAAAAAUAAUUAUGCUUAAUGAUAAUAUGAUACAUAUAUAUAUGAAGAAUAAAGCAAUGUCAAAUAAAACACUUGUUUUAUUUUUAUUCCUUUAGACAUUAUACUGUUGAUCUUUCACAGUGAUUAUCAGUUUUUUUUCUUGUCAUAAGACCUGACAACUAAAAAUGUUUAUGAAGUCAUCUUUUCUUUUUCAUUGUUUGUUUAUAAAUCUAAUAUUUUAAAUUUUAAAAAAACCGACAACUAAUUCAGUCAUUUUAUUGCAUUUAGAUCAUUGAACCUAUUCAGAUUAAUUAAUGUACUUGCUUGUAUUUCAUUUGAUGCAUCGACUAUGGAUCUAUAUAGUUCCAUGAAUGUGAUAAAUUAUCCAGCAUUAUUACCUGCUCUUAUUUUUAGAUAAACAGAGUAAUAUAGAAAUAAUUUUAUGCUUUUUAUCUCCUUCACUAUUUAUUCUUACCUUUAAUGUUCCAAUCAAGUAUUUUUAUGAUUAUUUAUUUAAGUUCUAGUUUUGUUUUAAUUAAAAGAGAAUAUCAAGAUGAAUAUAUAAUUAAUUUGUAGCAAUUGAGCCAUCAUUUUCAGUUAUAAAAUAUGAUUCAUAUGUUAUUAUGUUUAAGAAAAUAAAAGUAAACAGUUUUUUUGGAUGGAGAACUUGUAUAACUUCGAAGUGUAGUUAUACAUUAUAGAUUACUAUUGUAGUAAAAAGAACACAGGUGGGAACAAUCGAAUGGAUUUGACACAAAAAUUACUCACUAUCUCAAUAAAAUCUGAUAACUAUACAGUAAAUUGUUAAUUUGUAAACUACCAAUCAAUUAUCUCAAUCAUUAUCAUUCCUUCUGCGGAUAUCAGUCUAUAGUAUCUGAUUAUUAUUAAUCAUGCAUUUUUAUACCAAUUGCGUUUUGUUCCCGUUCUUUGAUUAUCGAUCUUCUACUGAUAUACAUUCAAUACCCGACCGUCGUUAUAUACUACUUAUGUGGAUAUAAGUAAUUCACACCAUACUAUCAACUGAAUUAUGAUUGAAAACCAAGAGAUUUUUGACAAGAGUAUUUUGUUCUAAUUAUGAGUGUGGUAUUUUUUGCUUUCCUUUUUAUAUUACUAAUCAAAUUCAUUUCAGAAAUAUUAUCUUUAAAUCAUUUACACUUAUUAAUAUCAUAUAGUGUAUUGAAUUGUACUUUUAAGACUUCAUAACAAAUUUUUUAAAAAAACUAAUGGGAUCCUUUGAAUAAUUUAAUUCUACAUGAUUGCCAUAUGUCUUUCAUGAUCCAUAUCAUUAUUAAAAAUUGAUUGAAUGAUUGAACUAUUCAAAAAAUGUGCUAUAUAUCCUUGAAUGUCAAGUACUUUAAAGUGAAUUAGUCUCAGUAACUAAUAAAUAAACUGAAAAUAAUAUCAUUAAAAAAUUUACAAAAUAUAUUUCACACACACACAUAUACAUAUAUAAUAAAAGAUUUAAUAUACACAGUAUCAUCGUGGAUGUGUCUUUCAGUGACACUCAGAUAUAUAGAUAUAUCCCAAAUUAUAUGGAAUAAUAAAGAAAAUAAUUGAGAACACGGUAUUGCAAAGAAAAGGAACAUCAUUUUCACGGAUAUCAAUACAUCUGUUUAACAUAAAGAAUAUUAUUUUUUUUUUACAAAAGACUACACUUCAUCUCAUUUCUUAUCAACAAAAAAUUCAGUAAUAUCCUAAUCAAUUUAAAAGUAAGUGCUCUACUCAACAUUGUAUCACAUUGAAAAGAAAAAAACUGAUUGAUGGAAGGAAAUCCAAGUAACUAUUCAAAACGAAGGAGACAUUAAACAAUCUCAUUUAUUCGGUUCUAAAACGAUAAGCAUUUGCCCAAAUAUCAGAUAAACAAACUGUAGAAUGAAAACGAAAAAAUACAAUUAAAGGUAAUGCAAUAUGUGUGAUAAUUUUCCAUGCCAUAGAUGAAUAAUAAUUUAUAUGUAUACUAUGAUUAUCAGCAUGUUUCACUUCGAAUGUAUUAACAAACCACAUGGCUAAAUUUAAUACUAAUAAAAAUGUAAUCAUUGU